AACAAACGAAGCUAGAUGCGCGUCGCGACGUUCCGGUACCAGGCCCUCAAGGAAUCCCUCGCCGCCGCCAUCACCUCCUCCUCCUCCUCCCCCCACGCUGCCGCUGCCGGCGACCCCCGCCUCCCCCACGCGCUCGCCGUCGUCUCCGGCCUCGCCACCAACGGCUACCUCGCCUCCCUCCUCGUCGCCCGCUACGCCCGCCUCGGCGACCCCGAUGCCGCGCGCGGGGUCUUCGACGCCGCCGCCGCCGCCUCCGCGCCCUGCUCCUCCUCCGCGCAGCCGCCGCCGCCCAAGCCGCUCCUCUACAACGCCAUGCUCCGGGCCUACCUCGCGCUGGGCCUCCCGCGCGAGGCCGCGCUGCUCUUCCGCGCCAUGCCCUCCGGCUGCCCGCCCGACCGCCACACCUACCACCUCGCCGCCACGGCCUGCGCGCGCGCCCCGGACCCCGGGCUCGGCCGCCGAGUCGGGGCCGCCGCCGCUGCCGCCGGGCUCGCGUCCGACCUCCUCGUCGCGACGGCGCUGGUCGGGAUGCACGCGGACGCCGGGGACAUGGGCGCCGCGCGGAGGGUGUUCGACGGAGUGCCGCGCCCGGACGCCGUCGCGUGGAACACGCUGAUCGGCGGGUACGCGCGCGCGGGGCGCCUGGGCGAUGCCGUGGAGGUGUUUGGCAGGAUGAGGUCCGUGGACGGAGCGCGGCCGACCGAGGCGACGCUCGUGAGCUUGGUUUCUGGUUACGCCGGUUUCGGUUCUUGGAGGGGCGGGGGCAUGAUGCACUGCGUUGUGGUUAAGUCUGGCUUCCAAUGCAGCCUCUUCGUUUCCAAUGCUCUCCUGGAGAUGUAUGCGGAGCUGGGCUCUUUGAGCGAGGUGGUGACAGUGUUUCGGCACAUGGAGGUGAAGGAUUCUGUAACUUGGAGUUCGAUGAUUGGUGGACUUGUUUGGAAUGGGAAACCGGGUCAUGCUGUUAAGCUUUUCCACUGGAUGGUUUUGAAUUCGGAGGUGUUGGUCACACGGUCUAUCUUGCUUAACGUGGUUAUGGCCUGCGCUGAGUUGGGGAACUGGAGGGAAGGAAAAUGGAUUGAAGAAAACUAUGCACUGUGUACUGGCAGUGCAUUCAAGAGAGAUCCCUUUGUAUUAACUGCGCUUAUAUAUAUGUACGCUAAAUGCGGACAGUUAGGUUCCUCUGAGAGUCUUCUACAUGGCUUUGCAGUGGUUAGAAGCGACGUGGUUGCAUGGAAUUCCCUGAUCAAAGGCUGUGGAGAGCUUGGACAAGUGGAGAAGGCAUUUGAGUUUGCAGUAGAAAUGCAGAGGAUGGGAAUUGAUCCGGAUGCUGUUACAUUCUUGGAGAUCCUACCAAUGAUCUCGUUGAUUCCAUCACUGAAGAAGGGGAUGGAAGCACAUGCUCAGAUUGUCAAAAGGGGUUUCCAGAAUGAACGGACAAUUGCUAAUUCACUUAUUUCCAUGUAUGGUCGAUGCGGCAGUCUUCGUCUUUCAGUUGGUGCUUUUACUGGGAUUAUGGACAAGGAUGCAAUCUCUUGGACUUCUAUGAUGCAGGUAUAUGCAUGGAAUGGGCUUGCUGCAGAUGUUGUUAAGCUUUUUGAGCUGAUGAAGGAAACAGAAGUACAACCGAACCACUAUACUUUUGUUGCGGUGUUGGCUGCCUGUAAAAACACGGGUCUUGUUGAAGAGGGAAUGGGCUUGCUUAAGUGCAUGAAAGAGAAGUAUGGUCUAGAACCUCAUAUUGAGCAUAUUUCAUGUGUUGUUGAUAUGCUCUGUCGUACUGGACGCUUGACUGAUGCAUAUCACCUGAUCCAGAAUUCUCACUCUGAACACGCAAAAAACCCGGUAUUGUGGGGAACAUUACUAAGUGGUUCCCGUUCAUGGGGGAAUUUGGUGAUUGGAGAAGUAGCAGCUAGGCAUCUCCUGUCCUUGGAUCCAGAAAACAGAGCUAACUAUAAGAUGCUGGCUGAUAUUUAUGUUUCACUUGGGAGAAGGGACGAUGCUGAUGAUGUCCUGAGACUGUUGAUGUCAAGAGAACUGGACUUGAGACCAGGCUGUAGCUGGACUGAAGGUGGCUAAAGAUUGCAAUAUAUGCUAGAAGGCAACAUAUAAAAGGCUUGGAAAAUUUGCUAAAUGCCAUCACAGAGAGUCUUUUUGUUUGAUAUACCAUUGCAAUUGCAAUGUGAAUUGUUAGGAACAUUGGGUUUAUCUCGUUUCCUUUCUCUUAAUCACCCUCAGGUAACCAUUGGCUAGUGUUUUUUUUAAAUAGAACCCUUGCUUUUAGAAAAUUUACCAAGAAGGUUCGAUCAGGACCUGCUAUGAAUUUGUGGUGAAAUCAACUAAAGUUAAUAGCUUCAAAGCAAAUCAUGCAAAAAUCUAGGUAGACAAAACACAGCAGAGUGCACAAAACCCAUGUCGGUACUGAAUACUGAUGGUUAUCACUGUCUGGACUCUGUUGUGUUCUAUGAGUUUUUUAUGUCCAUAUAUGUUGUAAGUGCUUUAGGUUGCAGAAAGUGGCAUCUUCAGACUGGUAGAUGCUAUGUAUUCUUCAUCUGUAAUAAUGUUAAAGUUGCAAUACCUUUUGUCUUUUUCAGUCAAGCCCCUCAUGAUUUAUUUACCACCGACUCUAGAAUCGAGAUGUGGAAAAACCUUUUCUUUUCCUUAGGACCAUGACCACCUUUCUGGAGAUAUAACCCACAAUUCGGGAAGAUUCUGAUAAAUUUCCUUCUAACAUAGCAUAUCGAAUCAGGGAAUCGGCAUUACAACAUGGGCUCUAUCAGAUAGAGGUUUUACAAUGUACCAGGAGAUUUUCAAAGUUAUGAAUAUUCCGAUACUGUUACAGUUGAAGGUGCUACAUGUUCCAAUUAUUUCAUGCCAUUGAGCAACAUUGUCCUGCGUUAUUGCACUCGCACAAUACAUUGUAAGAAACUCUGAUUAUGAAGAAAUCAUCGCAAUUUGCAAGAGGGGACUAGUUGAAAUUUUCACAUCACCUGGAAAUCUGAAACAAGCUGUUGCAAUCAGAACUGAAGAAAAUUUUAUUCCUAUGCAUAAUGUCUAAGGGGGUGUUUGGAUCUUUAGUCCAGACUAAAAUUCAUGUCACAUCGAAUAUUCGGAGGCUAAUUAGAAGGACUAAAUAUGAGUUAAUUAUAAAACUAAUUACACUGAUGGAGGCUAA